AUGUUGAACGAAUGGUCGCAUCGGCGAAAAGAAGUAAAAGUAAAGAGGUUUCAGUGGAGCCAACCGCCGCGGUCUGCCCACCCAGUCGGCAGGCUACAGAGCUGUAAUGCCGUUUGCUUGCGAUCGUUGGCGAAUACCGCCAAUUCUUCAACGAGGCUCUUUCCUAUACUAAACGUCGUUAAAGCUUACACGUUGAUACAGAACUCUAUACCUUCUCCCUUAGACUUAAAGGACCCGGACCCUCGACUACAUAGAGGUACUUUCAACUGGGUGGGAUCGAGACCCGCCUCUGCGCUUAUUGGUUGCCGCCGGCCGGGCUGGAGAACCCCAAUCGCUAUUCGCUCUCCCUCGCCCCACCGCCAUCAACCACGUGCACUAGGCUUUAUCAUUCGCGCCAUCACACCAUUUCAUUUAGUCGCUCACCUGACACGACGCGUGCGACAUCAAUUUUGGGGAUGUCAAUGGCGAUCGGUGGUUAUGGAUUACACUAAGAUUCCGUACUUCGCGACAUUUAGACAAGCCGGUACUGUGAUAAUUAGAUUAAAGAUGGAUGCGUCCGACAGCUGUUGUAGCGGCCCCUCGCGGGUCCCGAUCUAUCCAGGUCCCGUGUUUAGACCGACAGAUUGUGAACAAUGCUCUAGGACCAGAUCAUAUAGCAGAUAUAGUGACUGUGAUAGUGAAUUAGUGGACAGAUGCCGACCUUACAGAUCGAGUGUCGCCAGAAGCAGAUACGUCAACGUCUGUGCAGCAGUUUGCCUUGUUCUUCUUGUUGGAGGGCUCUCGCCACAAUCAACAGCAGCACCUCAUAAACGUAAUAUGGACAGACAAAGGAGAUCAUCCACGGAAGAGAAUAUCAUCUGGGGCAACCCGUGUGAUUACGGCGCCAAUACCAAGCCGUCAAAAUACUCAGCGAAACUCGCAAAAGAUGUAGCGUCGCAAGCGCGGAAUGCUCUCGAAUUAACGUCGAAGUACAAAGACAAAUUCGCAACACUUCACAGUUACCCAACUUUUGAGGCGUUGCUUAAGGAAUGGAGUGGGACUGAUUGGCUUCGGAACUUCAACUGGUUAGAUAAAGAAGUCAAAGAUGGCCUUCCUAGGGACAACGUCGUCUACCAGCCCAUGACUGAGGAGUACAUGGACAACUUAAUGAACAAUAUUGACAGCCAUUUGCCGUCAAUGUACAAGGGCUUGAAAAUGGUGGUCGCGGGCCUGUUCUCCAUCAGUAAGGACGGGCUAAACGACGACAUCUUGUCCGACGCGAGCCUCAAGCAGAACAUCACAGAAUCCAUGCACAAUGUGAGGGCAGUGCUGUGUUUGUUCAAUGAUAUCAUGAGGUCGCGUAAGCUGGAAAUAUCUCCGCUUCCAGACUCGGAACUUCCAGAUAUAAAAGAUGACAAAAUCGUCUACGCUCUACUAGUAUACAGGGAUACGCUUAACUACUUAGAAUACCUAGCCCAGGUCUUCCAGAAGAUGUACGAUGUGGAUUCGCAGAACGCAUAG